AUGGCGAUUCGUUAUAGUGGUGGUCCCCUAAACAGGGAGUUGUUGUUUCUUAGUGGUACAGGAGACCACAGAGCCAAUUACAUUUUUUCGGAUCCUACGGCAUUGGCAGACGAUGGGUUAUUACGAGUUAGAAGAGGAAACGAGAAGCUAUGGAAUUUUAUUCGGCGGGAAAAACCCUUUCCACCCAAAGUUGCUGAAUAUAUAACUUUGGCUGGUUUUGCUGGAGUUAUCAUGGUUGAUAACCGAAGGAUUGAUAACGGGUUGAUAUCCACCUUAGUAGAAAGAUGGCGGCCUGAAACGAGCACAUUUCAUAUGCCAUUCGGAGAGGUAACAAUAACCCUACAGGAUGUGGAAGUCUUGUGGGGUUUAAAAGUUGACGGCCAGGAGGUUUGUGGCACUGAUGAGAGUUAUACAAUAUCUGAGAUUCAGGAAAAAAUUUAUAGUUUAACUGGAAUUUUUUUGGAGGAUAAAGCUAUUUUAAACAAUAGAAAAAUUAACAUGCCAUAUGUUUUAAAUGCUUUAAAGUCAAUAGUUUUUCCCGAAAAUCCAACUGAUCACGAAUGUCUUCAACGCGCCCGGACGAUUAUUUAUCUUCUAAUUGGUUCUCAUUUAUUCCCUAGUUGUGGGUCUCAGUGGGUCGAUAUUAGAUAUAUAGGCUUCUUAGAAGAUUUGUCCGUAUGUGGGGUGUACAGUUGGGGAGGUGCGGUUUUGGCCUAUUUGUAUAAUCAACUAACCCGGGCCACAAGUAUUAGAACCCAUGAGAUUAGUGGUGCGGUGUUUCUGUUACAAUUAUGGGCAUGGGAAAGACUGCCUUGCACAAAACCCAAGUUGGACAGAAACAUAAACUGGAAUAGAUCGUAUGGUGCUAGGUGGCAAGAGUUUAAGUUGAGUCAUACGGAUACAACAUCACACGUGUUGAAGGCAUACCGGUCUCAAUUUAAUUCCUUGUCAGAGACCAACUUCAUUUGGACCCCGUAUGACGCGAUUCUUUCAAGAUUACCAGAAAUGUGUCGAAGUGGUGAAGGUUGCUGGAGGAGCGAGACCCACCUUAUUUGUUGGAAUGUUGUGGAACUACAUGCUCCAAGUCGGGUGUUGAGGCAGUUUCACAUGUUUCAACCGAUCCCUGAUCCCUGA